CUUUAAUCAACUACCAUCAUCAUGGCUCCCGCUCUCGUUGACCCUCCCACUGAGAUUGAGCGCUCAGAUAUCAACUACACCAAGUCUGGCACUGGAGAGUAUAAGGUUCCUUUCAGUGGACCCAAGGCAUACAGCAAGGAGCUCGAAUUGAAGGGAACCGACAAGCACGCCGGUUCAAGUUACCCCAACUACCUUCCAACAUGGCCAUCCAAGACCUACCCCCCUCUUGAGCCAUUCGAGCACUACGACCACGGCAAGGACGCCGACGCAUCAUUCAAGAACCUCUUUGGAGCCGACGCAAAGGUCGCCGACCUCACUGCCAACAUUGGUGCCGAAGUCCACGGAGUUCAACUCAGCAAGCUCAACCAGCAGGGCAAGGAUGAGCUCGCUCGAUUCGUCGCCGAGAAGAAGGUUGUAGCCUUCCGUGACCAGGACUUCGCAGACCUUCCCAUCCAAGAGGCCCUAGACUUCGGUGGUUACUUCGGACGUCACCACAUUCAUCCUACCUCAGGAGGACCCGAGGGCCACCCAGAGAUCCAUCUCGUCCAUCGAGGAACCGACGAUACCACCGCACGAGACUUCUUCGAGGAGCGCACAAAUUCGAUCACAUGGCACUCCGAUGUCACAUAUGAGAAGCAGCCCCCAGGCACCACGUUCUUGUAUCUCCUUGACGGACCCCUCGCUGGCGGUGACACUCUCUUCGCCAACCAAGCUGCUGCUUACCGAAGGCUGUCACCCGAAUUCCAGAAGAGGCUUCACGGCCUAAAGGCUGUUCACUCCGGCAUCGAGCAAGCUGAGAACUCUCGCAACCGGGGCGGCAUCGUUCGCCGCGAGCCCGUCACCUCCGUCCACCCUCUCGUCCGCACGCACCCCGUCACCGGCGAGAAGGCCCUCUUCGUCAACCCACAGUUCACCCGCCGGAUCAUCGGCUACAAGAAGGAGGAGUCCGACUUCCUCCUCAACUUCCUCUACGACCACAUUGCCAAGGGCCAGGACUUCCAGGCCAGAGUCAAGUGGGCGCCGAAGACCGUCGUCGUCUGGGACAACAGAGUCACGGCGCACUCUGCGUUGUUGGACUGGGAUGAUGGUGCUAGGAGGCACUUAGCUAGAAUCACACCGCAGGCUGAGAGGCCUUAUGAGACUCCUUUUGAGUAG